AAACAGACAGAGGAGCAGUGGCGAGAGGAGGACGGCCCAUAGACUGGGUGAGAGGAUUGAUCUCGGUAAGGUGUCAACGAUUGUGAACGCGGACGAGGAGAGCGAGGACACCUGCACACCAAGAAUCUCAAAGACCCCCAAAGACCCGAGGACGGAUUCUGACACCGAGCCAUGGUGAAGAUCAGCUUCCAGUCUGUCGCGGGACAGAAAGUGGAGAAGGAGAAUGAUGGCGACAAAACUGAAAUCCUCAUCCCUCAUCAGCUGGUGAGAAAGACCUCCUUCUCUGGAUGUUGUUGUUGUUUUUUUUUUUUUUAAUAAUAACGCUGUUCUUCAUCGUCCUGAUCCGGUUCUGAUGUGAUUCCUGCUGCGCUGCCUGCAGCCUGCACCUGCACAGCCAUGAGCAGCAGGACAUUUUGACAGCUCCUAUCGCCAUUUACAGGCAAACAAAACAUGUCAGUGCUGUGAUGGUGGAAAGCUCUCGUUUUGCAAGCUUGAUGCAAGUGAAUUUUUAUAUGCAUGCUCUUUGUUUAAAACUGCAUUUUGCAAGCGUUAAAUAACCUAAUUUGAGAUGUCUCCUGCAUGCCUUUAAUGGUGGAUUUCACCCAGGCUUAGAUAAAGGAUGCAUAAUGUUCAAAUCUGGAUAUUCUUUGCACAAAAUGGUCCAAGGUAUGUGUAAAAUUUGUCUGACAAAAUGGCAGAUGGGAUGCUGGAGCCUGCAGCGCAUGCAAGAUAAUUUUCACAGCUCUGAUGGAGGCAGAGCAGCGGACUCCAUAACUUUGCAGCACCACCUCAACCCUUAUUAAAGAUGCAUGACCUUGUCCCCCAUGAUGAUGAAAAAACACAUAUGUAGGGCAUCAGACACGCAUUUAAAGCGAAUGUUGCAGACGUGGCUGUAAAAUCUGCUCAGUCAAAUGUAUUGAACUGGAGACUGACGGGCCUCAUGGUGUGUCACGCUCACAGCUGCUGUGAAAGAGUCCUUAUACUCUCAGUGGGGUGGAGGAACACAAAGUCUCAGACAAGAAGUGUGUUGGUACAAACACAGACAGUUGUCGCCUUGUCCUUCUGCGCGCUCUCUCUCUCUAUUUGAGAUGAGAACCAGGAGGUAGACACUGUCCUACUUAGCUACACAAAUGCACCACACUCCUUUAGAGACAAAGAUAUUGUAUUAAACCUUUUUUUUGUAUCAUCUCCUUUUUGAAAUGAUGCAACACACUCUGACAGGAUUGUCACCAUUUCCCUCUGAAGUUUCUCACAAUAGCUGCCCUCUCAGCGCACCAGCAUUUCACGCUCUUGUUUCCAGCUAAGAAUAGAAGCCAUUGUUUCCUUUAAGAGCCACUUUUUCAGAAGAUAAUUUUACCUCCCAGAAGCUCCCUCAGCACAGCUCCAGCACUUUCUGAACCGCUCCUCUGUUAGUCAUUACUCUAAUGAAGGGAAGCACACCGUCAGUGAGGAGACACUAUCUGAGUAGUGCCACCCUGCCAACACAGGCUGGAUGUGUGGCACUGGCAGAUGGGUUGCGAGACUGGAGGCGUCUGUGAGAAUUUCUCGCCAUCUCAGACGAGUUUCCAACACUAAGCAUUUCCUCGUAUCUUCCUCAGUGCUGCUGAUUUCUCUUUGCCAUUUGUAUGAGCAUCUCCAUCAAUUCAAGCCCCUUCAGCCGCCUGUCACAGUGAUCAGUGAGCUGAAAGCUGGAUUGAGACAGCCUAGAGAUGCUCCUCUGUACCAGUUUUAAAAGAGUAAUCUGUUCAUUUUGUGUGUGUGUGUGUUUCCCAGGAUGAGGAGGAGCUGGUUCUGCCACUGCGCCCCAAAAAGUCGCCUCUCAACGGCCUGUGCUGCCUGACGUUCGGCCUGGUUGUGUUCAUGGCUGGUCUGGUCCUGGCCUCCAUUUAUGUCUACCGUUACUACUUUAUACCUCAUGUAAGAGCCGACUGUGAUGAGAUGUUACAGUUUUAAUGAAGUCAGAGACAUAUUAUGUUGUUUUGUUCUUCCAAAUGUAAAAAAAAGCUGCUUUAAAGCUUCUGUGAGAAACUUCCUGCUUGUGUUGAUAUGAGCACCCCCUGUGGACCAAGUAGUACAUCCUGUAUAUUUGAAAGUGUUUUCUAACCAUAGACUGUAUAUACUAUGGACAACUUGGUUCCACCUCCUGCCAGUAUACGGAUUUGAGGCCAAAAAGCUCUCAGUAGUUCCGCAUUUUUCUUCAUUUCCUGAAACCAACAUUGCACAGUAGCGUUGUGCGCAUUCGGUGGGAGAGUCGCUGAAAGUCGCUGUGAUGAUGCUCGGCUCAAACAGCGUAUCCCCCGGGUGAGCUACGCAAUACUUGAACGCCAGUAAGCUGUAUCAGGUGUCAAUCAUAGAAAACAUGAACCCCCUCAUAACUUUGAAAAACUGAGCUGUACAGAAAAAAGAGGACUUAAGCCAGUCUGACAGUAACUACAUGUCAACAUCACAAGCAGGGGGGAGAAACAUUUAUAUUCUUACGACCUAUACUGCAGCCCAUCAACAGAGGGUGCUGUUCUCGGAGUGGCUUCACCCAUCAAGGAGGCAGAUGGAGUCCAUUCUUUAUACAGUCUAUGUUUCUAACAAAGUAGCUAUUUUCAGUGUCAGCCGCUGCUGCCAGGGGGCAGGUGUCAGUCAGUUUGAUGAACUGAAUCGACCUGUAUUUUUAAUAUUUCGUAUUAAUUAUAAUCGCUGAGUUAAUUUCUUGUAAAAAUAAUCCCUUGUUUCGGCACUAUUCACAGAUUGUUCUUUGCAUCAAACACCAAAAACAAACGGCAUCCUUUGUUUUGGUACAAAUCGCCCCAGUACUACAGACUUGUUUUGAAGUGCUCCAGCUGGUGUGUUGAUCUAAAUUGUUGUGUGUGUGUGCAUGUGUGAGUGUGUGCAGAUCCCAGAGGAGAACCUGUUCCACUGCAGGGUGCUGUAUGAGGACUCUGUGUACGCUCCGCUGCGUGGGCGUCAGGAGCUGGAGGAAAACGUCGGCAUCUACCUGGCUGACAAUUACGAGAAGAUCACUGUGCCCGUGCCUCACUUCGGAGGCAGCGACCCCGCUGAUAUAAUCCAUGACUUCCACAGAGUGAGCACAAACACACACACAUUGACUUACACGACUUGGCGAGAGCUCAUAAUGCAGUAACAGAUCUGUUCUUCAUGUAACUCAGGAGGACUUUGAAGCCUGUGCAAAACCCUCUGUCUUUGUCUUCUUGAUGUUCUAGCCUCAUUGGGUGACAGUUCUAUCUCCUGAGCUUGACUGAUAAUGUGUCACUUUUUUUAAAACGUUUUUCUAAAAAUUCAAACUGAUUGGAUGGACUGGAUCUUAACCAAAAAGAGAGAAACCUCAGUUGUGGUUUAUCUUCCAGGGACUAACCGCCUACCAUGACAUUGCUCUGGACAAAUGCUACGUUAUAGAGCUCAACACCACCAUCGUGAUGCCUCCACGCAACCUUUGGGAGCUUCUAAUCAACGUCAAGGUAACACAGCUGCAGUCUGAGAAAAACUGAACACUCACAGCAACAAUUAUUCUGCGAUUUCUCUUCAAAAUGAACAGAAUGAUUCACAGAUCAGCUCCAUGUUAUCGCGCCUGUCUCUUGCAGAAGGGAACAUACUUGCCUCAGACCUACAUCAUCCACGAGGAGAUGGUCGUGACUGGCAAAGUGCACAACAUGCGUCAGCUGGGACCAUUUAUCUACCGCCUGUGCAACGGGAAGGACACAUACCGCCUGAGCCGCCGUGUCACUCGCAGACGUAUGUCACAGUAACAGAGGGAUCAAUGCAAAUGGUUGAUUAGAGAGAAACUGGGUCUUCUGCUAGAUUGUGUGCUCUUUUUUUGUGCAGGGUAGAAGGAGUGUGACUUUUUUAAACUGUUGUGAUGAAAUCUGCAGGUCAGCAAGUACCAAAGUCACAUCCCUGAUCCUCUCUCUGUCUCACCCUAUUUCCCUCUCAGGCAUCAACAAGCGAGAGGCAAAGGACUGCCACCACAUCCGUCACUUUGAGAAUACAUUCGUGGUGGAGACGGUUAUCUGCGAUGAAGCGUAAAUGCAGCGGUCACCCCUACCCUCUGAAAAGCACAUCUCCAUCACCACUCCAGCUACUGUAGCAUCCUCCUGUGGAUCUGAUUAUGUCCAAGUUGCACUUUACUCUUGAUUUGGUUUGAUGUCUUAUUUUGAUCCUUCCUACUUGACUCUUUUUUGUUCCUGUUUUUUUUUGUUUUUGUUUUUUAUAUCCCCUCGGUACUAUUUACCCUGACACAUGAUGCAAUACUUAGCUGCUGGUUUUAUCACAGGAUUUUCCUUGUAGCACAGUCUUGAAGCCAAUAAUGAACACAAUUGCAGGGCCUCUCCUCCUCAUCCUCUGGGGAUCUUUGUUACUGUCGUUUGGGGUGGUGACUGUCUCCAUGUGUUCCCGAGGUGACUGCACUUUAGUUUUUUCUGCUGCACACCAGGUGUCUCUCUUACUUCUAACAUUGUCAUCCAUGCAGAGCAUGAAGUCUUUCUUUCCUGUGCGAACACAGACUCACUCAUGUAAACAUGUAACUGCUGAUGACUCGUUGCUUGCUUGCAUAUUUAUCCUCUCCUGCCUGUUGCGUCCAUGCUUCACUUCCUGCUUUUCAUUUCCUUUUUUUUUGGAAGAACUGUUGGGAAUUAGACUUGUGGAGGAGGCUACAUCGGGCAUAAGGUUGCAUUCACAUGUUUGUAUACCAUUAUAAAUGACUUAAGUGAACAUUUUUCGAUGCUCUUCAUUGUCAUAAGCUUCUCUCCUUUAUUGCUCUCAGCUUUUUUAACACUUUUAAUCAUCGCCUUUGUGAAACUUUUUAAAAUGAUGUCUCUGUUUCUCCUUGCAUGUCUUAUCUAUUUAAGAAAAACAGCACUGUUAGGAUGUUUUGUAAAACAACGUUUAAAGCCUUAAUCCAGAGACUGGAUUAAAGUCAAUGCUACUGAUAUAAGAGCUUACAUGUGUGUUAGUCAAACAAACAAAACCAACUUUGAGCUGUAUAUUUUGUCUGCUGAUGAAAUUUGUCUGUGAAUAAAGUAGUGAAACGACCUGGUGUCUGCUGUAUCUCUCAAAGUGUUCAAGUGUUCU